AUGAAUCAGUCUUCUUCAGAUAAGUAUACACUGGAAGGUACACCAUCAGAAUCACAUCGGCCACGGCAAUCUCUGCAACUACAAGUUGAUGGUGAGAAUGUGAAACCAUUGCAAUCUGUUACUUUUGGUGAUUUGGAUAACCAAGAAAAAUUACGUAGGUUUACAAUCUCAUCUCAGCCAUCGUCAGUCAAUCUAGCAAACUCAAAAAAUCCAGAGUCUUUACCUUCAUCUAGAAAAACAUCGUUACAAGGAAAUCCUAAUAUAACUAAUUCCAGUAGAAAUAGUUCUACAACAAGUGAAAUAUUCCAAUUCUUUGCAAAUAAUCAGACAUAUGCCAUAAAGCCUCAACAGCAAGUGUCCACAAACACUUCACAAGGUUACAUUACACCAAGCAAUCAAUCUUCAAGAGUCAACUCGCCUGUUUUGGAGACACCACCGCAUCUAAAGAGAGGAUAUACAUUCGAUGACUCUAGUCAUAAACCUACAAGACUUAGUUCCCCUUCACCUCCUCCAUUAUCGCAAGCUAAGUUUGCAUCGCUGGAAGAAUUUCAACAAGUACCGCAUCCAAUUAAUAUAACCAAUAAUAACAACCUGCCUCGCGGAUCUUGUAAUACAAAAAAAUCGACCAAGACAGUAGUUGCAUCGCCAAGUGGACCUCCAGUUCCAUUUCAACAGUAUUUGACGAAGUCAGAUGAUGAGAAGAUCCAUAUAUUGCUAGGAUGUACAGGGUCGGUAGCAACUAUCAAAGUUCCUAUGAUUGUAGAUAAAUUAUUUAAUAUUUACGGCAAGUCGAAAAUAUCCAUUCAGUUAGUAGUAACCAAGUCGGCUACGCAUUUUUUAAAGGGAUUGAAGAUCCAUAGUGAUGUUAAGAUUUGGAGGGAUGAAGAUGAAUGGGCUAAUUAUAAUGAACAUAACGUUGCAACUACAACGGUUUCAACUAAUAAUGUAUCCUCGUCUAGAAAACCUAAGAAUCCAUUUGAUAAUUUGAUAUUGCAUAACGAAUUAAGAAAAUGGGCAGAUAUCUUUUUAAUUGCACCUCUUUCAGCCAAUACAUUGGCCAAGAUUACGAAUGGUAUAGCUGAUAAUUUGUUAACAUCGAUUAUUAGAUCUUGGAGUCCUAUUAAUACGACAAUGGCUUCUACCAAUGUUAAUAAGAAUUCCGUAAAUGUCAAAAAGCCGAUACUAGUGGCACCUGCCAUGAAUACACAUAUGUAUAUCCACCCAAUUACUGCAAAACAACUAUUAUUAUUGUCAUCACCAGAGUACGGUUUUGGUAUUGAAGUAUUGAAACCAGUUGAAAAGGUAUUAGUUUGUGGAGAUAUCGGGAUGGGUGGUAUGAGGGAAUGGCUGGACAUCGUGGAUAUUUUAAGACGAAGAAUUAAUUCUAUCAAUUACGUCAGUGAUGGUAAGAGAAACAUUGCCGAAAAGGAUGAAGAUGAAAGAGAUGCUGAUGAAGAUGAAGAAGAAGAAGGUAAUGAUGAUGACGAUGAUGACGAUGAUGACGAUGAUGACGAUGAUGACGAUGAUGAUGCUGAUGACGAUGAAGAUGAUGAGAACGAAGACGUUGAUGAUGGAGAUGACGAUGAUAAUGGUAGUGUCAAUGGUCAGUCUACUACAUUAAAACGUACCACCAAUGCAGGUAAGGUAUCCAAAGAGAAUGAUGACAUGAUCUUCGAAAUACAGGAUAAUGAUGCGAAAGAAGCUCAACCAGAUGCGAAUGAGAAAUCAUCAAAUAACAACUAUUAUAUUAGAACCGAUAAAAUUCCUGUUGAAACACAAAAUAUUGUAUAG